UGAUCGACUGCAGACAUGAGAGCAGAAUUCACCAUGCAGAAGAGCACAGCCCAGAUGAUCUUAGCAGCAGUCUGCCUGAUCUGUCAAUCGUUGGCAGUGGAGGUUAAGGAGGAUAAGGCUAAAGGACCCCUGAAUAUUGACAGUAUUCAAAGGCAUAAUUUAAAGCUGCUCACCGAGCAACUAAACCGCGGAUGGAGAGCCUUCUGUGAUGCGCCCGUGGAUGAGGGUGUCAUGUCCCUGUUUCAGGGCAUUAAUCCCAGCGAUGCCCGUCUCCAUGUGAUGACCAUCACCAAUCAGAGUGUAGAGCUGCCCAUCAAGUCGAUAUCUCAGAUCAAGGAUUUCGAUAUCAAUCCGGAGCGUAAGACCCUCGUCUAUGUGAAUGCCUUCCACACGGCCGAUAGCUAUUUUAGUGUCCAGGAGCAUUUGACUCUGCUGCAGAACAGCAGGAGGGAUCUCAAUGUCAUAGUGGUGGAUUUCGCGAAGGAUGUGGCUCAACUUUAUUAUGCAGUGCGACACCAUUUAUCAGUUGAUGGAUAUUUCGUUUAUAAACUAGUCAGGGCCCUCAAGGAUGCGGGCAUUGCUGUGCAGGAUAUAACUUUGGCAGGACAUUCGGUAGGUGCGAAUAUAGCCGCAUUGGGUGCCCAACUUUUUGCCCGGGAAAACAAACAGGUGGUGGGUCAACUGAUAGCCAUCGAUCCCGCGACCAUGUGUCGCACCACCGAUAUAUUGGUAAAACAAAGUGUGGCCGGAAGGGUGGUGGUGCUGCAUGGCGAGGGCGAUGUUUUCGGGGUGAGGGUUCCGCUGGGUCAUAUCGAUAUCUACCCCAAUGGCAUUGGCUACUUCCCGAGGAGGAAACUUCAACCCGGCUGCGAGUCCAAGAUCUGUAGUCACAUGUAUCCAUUUGUUCUGUUCAUGGAGGCUCUCAUCGAGGGUGUGAUGAUCCCAGCUACCAAGUGCGAAAGUUGGGCAAAGUUCCGACAGGGCGACUGUAACUUCAAGAACACCAUCAACAUUGGACUCAUCUAUCCAUCAAGUGCUAAGGGUCUGUACUUCUGUUUGACCCAACCGAAUCCGCCAUUCACCUACAUGGAACAUGGACUGCGCUACAAGGCGAGACGUCCUGAGAAACCCUCUGAUAGGAAAAGCUCCUAAUUUUAAUAUUAUUUGUUUUUUAGUUUGUUAGUUAAUUUAUUAAAAUAUAUUUUAGUAAGGUAAA